CAUCAGAUGAGGAGGUCGACAAACAUAUGAAGAUCAUUAAUGCUUACACUUGCUGAAAUGCGUAACAAAUUCAACAACUGGUUCGCGGGAUCUAACGCUGAGAAGGAGGACAUAAAACAUAUAUUAAAAGAAUAUUUUGAUAUAAAGCCUGAGGAGCUGAAGGAACAAUGUGACGGCAACGAUUAUGAGACUAGGUUGGCCAACGCGAAGAAAGCUAAAAAAAUUCUAAAAAAUGCUACUAAUGCUAUAUUAAAAGAUGGAAUGGCGCACUUUCAACCUACUGAUGCGGACUUUGGUCCUUAUGUUGGUAAUCAAUGUGAAAUCAGUGAAGAUGUUCAAAAAGCGAAACUAGAUAUGAUCAAAGCAGCGCUACCAUGCGCGUCGCAAGAGAGAAUUGACCAAGCAGUGAAAUACUCUUUAACUCACACUUGCUAAAACCUAUGAGAAAUUAAGCAACUAGCCAAAAAAAAAUGGUAGAAAGUAAAAAAAUGUUGCAAGAGGACCAAAGGAUAAUAUAUGACGACUUCUUAUAUUUCUAAAGUCUAAUUAUAUACCAUUAUUAUUAAAUUAAUUAAUAUAUAGUCUUAUU